CAGUCCCACGUGGAGCAGAGUGGGCUUUCUCCUGUGCCCUCACAUCAAUGUUUACAUAGUUACCUAAGGUAAAAGUACUGAUGUAUUAGAGUAGAUGUCGGACAGCGGGGAGGAGUGGCAGGUGGCCCGGCGGAGAAAAGGCCAUGGGAGGAGAUCGCAUCCCCUUCAAGUGUCUUUACCUCCAGGAUGUCACCAGGAACAGCAGUUGGAUAUCGGGAAAACCGUGAAACGAAUCAGAGACACAGUGACUGAGCUAAGAUGUGAGGACUUCUGUCAAAAGUGGAAAGAGUCAGUAGCAGCCUCAGUAUCAGCAGCCCUGAUGAGAGUGGACCAAGGAGACUGUGAGGUUUCCACCAACCAGCCAGAAGAUGGAAAAGAUGGCAUCAUAUCUGAACAGCUGCAGUGUGUGUGUUAUGGCUUGGGCCCCUUUUCCUCUUGUGUCUCAGCUCGGUACCAGCUCGCCAUGUUGCUGCUGUUGCUGGAUGCACGACAGAUUCUACUGAAGGACUGCUCUGUUUAUGAUCCUGCAUUCUCAUCUGGAGAGAAGGAUGUUUUGAGAGAAAUGGGGUUGACUGUACUCACAGAAAAUGAGGAGGGAAAGCAUCUGGUGACUAAGCCCACAAUUUUUUAUAUGAUGCAUUGUGGGAAAGCCCUCUAUAACAACUUGCUGUGGAAGAACUGGAGCACACAGUGUCUGCCUCUGAUGGUCAUUGUUGGAAACAGCUUCUGUAGCAUGAGGGACAGGACGAUCGACAGAGUAUUCAAGCAGGACUACAGCUACAUUAGUCAGGUUGUGGCUGUGUGUGAGGAGAAACCACUUCCUUGUCCAUCUCGUCUGAUUGAUGUCUUCAGCGACACAGCUGUCAUCACCUUUCUCUCUGGCAACCUUAACAAACUCCCACAAUCCACUUGGGCAGAUCCACUUGAACCACAGUACCAGAACUCCCCUGAUUUGGAGAUUAUACUGAGAGAUAAAGACAGAUAGAAAAGGACUCUUUUUUUUUUAAUCAAGAGAAAGUGUUUUAUAAUCAUGGAGAUAAUUCUGAUAUUGCCACUCUGGAACAGGAAAAGGUUAAUGGGAUAGUUUACAUAUCAGAAGCAAUUCCAGAUGCUAUAAAAUAAAUUUCCAUUUUGGGGGAAAUCAUUGGCUGCCUUGAAAAUGGAAAAAUCUUGUCUAUAUUUUCAGAAAUUAGUUUGUAGUGUUUACAUUGUUUUCAGUAAAAGUGAAAGUGGCUCUUCUGGUUGAAUAUUUCUGUGCUCUGCAACUGAUUUGUACAGCAGAUGGUCUAUCUUAAACACUUUUGUACUCUUUUUUGCAAAAACAUUUCAAGUUCACACAUUUUUAGUCUUCAAUCUUCUACCUCAUUUUGCAGAAAUGGUCAUUAUAUAAUGUUAAAUCUAAAUGGUUUAAAAAUGGUUUGGUGUGACCUAGUAAUAUAGUACAAACCACAAUUUUUCAGGUUUGAUUAGAGUCAGAGGAAUUUGUUCUAUGUCACUUCCCAUCUCCCUUUCCCUCUCUAAUUUCCUGUCAAAUAAUGGCUAAAAUUAAGCAUCCACAGCCUGAGGAAAUUCUGCAAUAUUUAACAUUGUUUAGUAUUACAAAGACAAUAUAUCAUAAACUUCACACUAACUGACAAAUCGACACCAAUUAAUUUAAGAGUAUUUAUCAGUCACUGAGGUUUCAUCUGAACAGCCAAAUGUUUGCAUGCAGAAUGUGAAUCCAUGUAUAAAGAGUUUCUUUAGUCAGUGCAAUUCAGGCAGUGUAUUGUGUGCUUAUUGGGCCCAUCUAUAUUGUGAUGAUGAUUACAGUAUGAUUUAUCAAUUAACACUUGCAAAUUUUUUUUUAAUUGUUUGUUUUCCCCAGAAUUUGGUGAUUAACAAGACACAUGUGCAUAUAAGCAUAUUUAUCAUCACAUAAUGAUAUGAAAUAAUGCUCAUUUUUGACAAACCAGGAUAGAAAGUUUAUUAGUGGAAAAAACACUUGACAGUAAAUCCCUCUCCCAGCAACAGUAAUAGUGUCUUCAAUACAAAGUAAUACUUC